AAUUGUCUGCACGUCAUAUUGAUUGCUAAAAUCUGAUUUUACUCGCAUGCGAAUCAUUUCUGUUAAAUAUUCGAAUAACCAACCCAUGAUGAUAUAAUACAUACCACAGGAUGUCAUACAUUCUCUCAGUUGAUCAGGGUACCUCCAGCACACGUGCUGUCGUAAUUGACUGCAACACUGGGGUUAUAAUCGCAGAGCACAACGUUGUGCUCCCCAACAUCUUCCCCAAGGAGGGCUAUGUUGAAAUACUCCCCAACCAAAUCCUUGAGACUUCUAACGAAUGUAUUGAUACAGUUGUUGCCAGUGCUGGUGCUAAGGGAGUACCUCUUGAUAAGAUAGCAGGGUUAGGUAUUACAAACCAGAGGGAGACGACCAUUGUAUGGGAUGCUAAGAGUGGGAAGCCAUUGUACAAUGCGAUUGUGUGGCUGGAUAACAGGACCAAUGAGACGGUGAAUAAAUUGGUGGAUGCUACUCCCAGCAAGACGGCUACACACUUCAAGUCAGUAGUUGGACUCCCUAUUUCACCUUACUUUAGUGCUGUAAAACUACGUUGGUUGCUGGAUAACGUGCCUGGAGUUUCUGAGGAUGGUGUUCUGUUUGGUACCGUUGACACCUGGUUGAUAUGGAAUCUCACCAGGAACCAGGAGGAAGGAGAACAAGGAAUUCAUGUGACUGACGUAACAAAUGCUUCCAGGACCAUGUUGAUGAACCUCGAGACGUUAGAUUGGGAUAAAAGAAAGUGUCAGUUUUCGGUGGUAAAUAAAAAGAUUUUUGCCAAAAGAUCUGGCAGUGCAGAGAUAUAG